AUGUGGGAACUCCGGUCCAUAGCCUUCUCCAGGGCGGUGUUUGCAGAGUUCCUGGCCACACUCGUCUUCGUCUUCUUUGGCCUCGGCUCAGCCCUCAACUGGCCACAGGCCUUGCCCUCUGUACUGCAGAUUGCCAUGGCCUUUGGCCUGGCUAUCGGUACCCUGGUGCAGGCUCUGGGUCACGUCAGCGGGGCCCACAUCAACCCUGCCGUGACCGUGGCCUGCCUGGUGGGCUGCCACAUCUCCUUUCUCCGAGCUGCCUUCUACGUGGCUGCCCAGCUGCUGGGGGCCGUGGCCGGGGCCGCCCUGCUCUCUGAGAUCACACCACCAGACAUCCGGGGGGACCUGGCAGUCAAUGCUCUCAGCAACAACUCGACAGCUGGCCAGGCCGUUACUGUGGAGCUUUUCCUGACCCUGCAGCUGGUGCUCUGCAUCUUCGCCUCCACGGAUGAGCGCCGUGGAGACAACCUGGGUACCCCCGCCCUCUCCAUUGGUUUCUCUGUGGUCCUGGGCCACCUCCUCGGGAUCCAUUACACUGGCUGCUCCAUGAAUCCUGCCCGCUCUCUGGCUCCAGCUGUGGUCACUGGCAAGUUUGACAACCACUGGGUCUUCUGGGUCGGACCCUUGGUCGGCGCCAUCCUGGCCUCCCUCCUCUACAACUACAUCCUGUUCCCGCCCGCCAAGAGCCUGUCGGAGCGCCUGGCUGUGCUGAAGGGGCUGGAGCCCGACACUGACUGGGAGGAACGCGAGGUGCGGCGGCGGCAGUCGGUGGAGCUGCACUCGCCGCAGAGCCUGCCUCGGGGCAGCAAGGCCUGAGCGCCUGGGCCGGGCUCGAGGGAGCUCGGGGGAGCGCCCGCCACCCCCGCCGGAGUCCCUCUCCCCAGGUGCAAAGCCGGCCCCCAGUGCAGAGUAGCUGCUUCCAGGACGUGCCGAGGCCAGGGCGGCG